UCAAAAUGCGCCUUCCAAUUCUUCUGCUCUCCAUUCUCGGACUCUCCCUGGGUUUUGGGCACGACUCCCCUAGUUCACCUGCUGCAAAUCAAUAUGCUACGGAGUUGGCUGACAGGUUCUUUACAAAGUUCAUCAAAGCGGUGAAGUAUUCUGAUGUUCGUGUUAUGGAUAGUUUAUUAUUGUCUAGUAAUGAAAAUCUCUCCUCUAAAAACAUGAUCCGCGAGUUCUAUAAAUAUCCUAAUACAAAAAUCCACGACGCCCGUUUUGUCGGACGAAAUAUCGCCACAACGGUUUUUUUCCCGCUCAGUCCCCACGGGUAUGACAUUCCAUUUAAAUCAGCUGAUUUUAUUCUAAAGAAACGCUUUAUGGGCGACUGGGCCAUCACAUCUAUGGAAAACCUCAAAUAUAAUAGUGGUAAGGGAUAAGUACUACUUGGAUUUGCUGAAAUAAAGUUGUUGAACAUUCA